GCGGCGUUCAGUUUUGGUUCGCGGUUUGUUUACCUUUUUUGCGUUCGCAAGUUUCGUGCAAUCGUUUACCGGCGUGAAACGAGCGGUUUUCGCGUGACAAGUCGUGAUUUUUAACGCGCAACGGGUUGUGAUUUAAAGUGAUUUUUGGUGAAGCAUUGGAGACUGUCGAUUCAGCGGGGGUUUUAAGAUCGCCGCCCAGUAUUCGGCACGAUGUCAGACGAAAGUGCAAACAUUCCACCUGACUCUGCUGGCACGCCAGACGACGACGGUGCUGGUCAACCAGCCGAACCUUCUUCCAAACCGGAAGAAGCACCAGCGGACGCACCCGCCCCGACCUCCAGCCGAACUGCCGAGCAGCAGGCGCGGGACACCAUGCUGACCGAUUCCGAGAAUACCAACAACGAAAACCGAGUCAUUGAGAUGGAGAGCAAUGCUGGGCUGCCGGCGGCUGAGGCUGUUGAGGAAGAACCGGCUGAAGUCGUACCGGAAGUGGAACCGAAAAGUGAGGAGGGUGGGGAGCGGGACAAGUACGCGGAGCAUGUCACGUACAACGAGCAGGGUGAGGCGAUCUACACCGAUCCGGAAACCAAGUUCCAGUAUCAGUGGUGUAAGGUGAAGAAUGAGUGGGUUCCGGUGGCGGCGACGGCGACGGCUUCCGGAGCGGAUCCGUACGAGAAUGAACACUACCGGUGGUGUCACGAAACGAGCAAGUGGAUUCCGAAGGAGAAUCCCAAGGAAACGGAACAUUACCGGUGGUGCGAAGAGAGUGAGAAGUGGAUUCCGAAGGAAAAACCGGAAUCGGAAGAUGAGCGGAAGUAUAGCUACGUGGACGGGGUCCAUCACUACACGGACAAGGACGGAGCGAUUUACUUCUGGGACGGAGAGAAGAAAGCGUGGUUCCCGAAGAUUGACGACGAGUUUAUGGCGAUUUAUCAGCUUAGUUACGGCUUCACCGACAAUACCUCAAGCUCCGCGGACAAGAAGCAACCCGAGGAACGUCCGCCGACUCCACCGAAAGUAGAAGAACAAGAAGAAGAUCCGGAAGACCAAGCCGGUGGCCGUCAGGGCAAGAAACGGAAGGCACCGCCGGAACCGCCCAAGUGGUUCGAGCUGAAGCCGGAACACAACACGAAGGUGUACGUGUCGAAUAUGCCGCCGGACGUGACGGACGAGGAGUUUGCCGAACUGAUGGCCAAGUGCGGGAUGGUGCUGAAGGAUCCGCGCACGAACAAGCUGAAGCUGAAGCUGUACCGGGAUGCGAGCGGACAGGUGAAGGGCGACGGGCUGUGUCACUAUAUUAAGAUCGAAUCGGUGGACCUGGCGCUCGAACUGCUCGACAACUAUGACGUGCGCGGGCACAAGAUUCGGGUGCAGCGGGCCGAGUUCCAGCUCAAGGGCGAGUACAACCCGUCGCUCAAACCGAAGAUCAAGAAGAAGGAAAAAGAGAAGAUGAAGAAGAUGCAGGAGGCGCUGUUCGACUGGCGGCCGGAGAAGAUGCGCGGCGAGCGGUCCAAGCACGAGCGCAUCGUCAUCGUGAAGAACCUGUUCGAGCCGGAGCUGUUCGACCGGGAGGUGCACCUGCUGCUGGAGUACCAGAACGAUCUGCGCGAGGAGUGCAACAAGUGCGGAACGUGCCGGCGCGUGCUGGUGUUUGACCGCCACCCGGAGGGUGUGGCCCAGGUCACGAUGAGCGACCCCGAGGAGGCGGACCUGGUGGUGAAGCUGCUGCACGGGCGGUUCUUCGGCAAGCGGAAGCUGACGGCGGAGAUUUGGGACGGGCGGACCAAGUACAGAGUCGCCGAAACCGAGGCGGACGUCAACAAGCGGCUGGAUAACUGGGAAAAGUAUCUGGAACAGAAGGAGGAGGCCGAAGAAGCUGCCGCGGCUGCUGCGGCCUCCGCGGCGACCACAUCCAAACCUCCAAAAGCAGCAGAUCAAGAAGAACUGCCGGCGCCAACCGAGCCAACAACGGUAUCUGACGAAAAAGAGCUGGCCGCGGAGAUUGAACCGAAGUCAGCGGCAGACGACUCGGCGGAACAACAUCAACCAGAAGAAGAACCAGCUGCGGCGGUUGAGGCAAUGGAUCAGGAGGAGGAAGAAGGGGAUGCAAAUUGAGGUGAAUGUUUUGAAACAAACAAAUAACUGUCUGUCGGUGUGUGUCUCGGUGUGUUUGCUGUCAGAGCCAGGCCUCUGAUUUUUUUUGUUUCGUUUUUUUGCCGCUCAAGGUUCAGAAAUGACUCUUGGCAUAAAUCAGAAUUGUGUGUGCGAGCUGAGCUAUUAUGCAGGCGGAAAGCGAAAUAAAACAAAAACAGAAAUAUAAAACACA